GUUGCCAAAAUGUCGCAAGAGGAGAGUCUCAAUCGGAAAGAGAAGAAGGCGCAACGAGAUGCUGAGCGUCAAAAGAAGGGCAAGAAGCGAAAGCAUGCCGAGACAGAAGAGCCUGAGGCCGUGCCAGCGCAAAAUGCAAAAAUCGACGAAGACCCAGCUGCGGCAGUGAAGACAGAGAAAUCGAACAAGCGCAAAUCAACCAGCGAAGAGCAGCAUCCGGCCGAUGCCGCCGAAGAAGCGACAGCGAAACAGCCAAAGAAGAAGAAGCGGAGAAAAGCCAAGUCUGAACAGGACAAGCCCAGCAAGAAUCGCUUCAUCGUGUUCGUUGGCAAUCUACCGUACAAGACCACCGACUCCUCCCUCGAUAAACACUUCGCCAAACUCAAGCCAUACACUCUUCGCCACCGAACCGAUCCCAAGACCAAGAAAAGUAAAGGCUUCGCAUUCCUGGAAUUCGAGAACUACGACCGCAUGAAAACAUGUCUAAAGCUCUACCAUCAUUCGCUAUUCGAUCCGGAAGCGAUUGAACGUGGCGAGGCACCUAUAGAGCCUGGCGCAGAGACAACGGAACCCUUACUCGCACAAGACGAGGCGUUCAGAGGCAGACAUCACAAGAAGAAGGAGACAGCACGCAGAAUUAAUGUUGAGUUGACGGCCGGUGGAGGCGGAAAGACGGAUGAGAGAAAGGAGAAGAUCAAGGCUAAGAAUGCGAAGUUGGAUGAGGAGAGGAAGAGGAGGGCGGAAGAGGAGAGGAAGGUCAAGGAGAAACAGGCGAAGGAGGAUGCUAAGGCGGGUGUGAAAAAGGAGAAGAAGAAUGUCAACGGGGAGAAGAAGACCAUUGUGAGAGAGCUCCAGGAGAAGGCUGCGCAGAGUGAGGCCGAAGGUGGGGCGGAUGAUAGCCAUGGCAUGCAUCCAAGUCGUAUGAGGAUGCUCAAUCGUCGAUGA